CGGUUACGUUUGCAGUGGCAGAACCGAGCACCGGAAAAGUGUCCACAAGUGUAGAGCAGUACCAUUCAAAAACCAACUCGAAACCCAACUCACAGUCACAAUCAGAUCUUAAAACCAAACCAAAUUCAAAAACUUCAAAUUCAAAUUCAAGUCAUUAAUUUAAAUUCAAAUUCAAAUAUUAAAAUUUCUGUUGAAUAUUCCCAAAUUCGAAAUAGACAAUUGUUUCGUGCUGAAAGACUUCGUCGCGUGCUUACUGAAAAUCCAAUCAAGGAGCCGUCCAUUAGAAGAGGACCUUUAAACAAGAUAAAGGAGAAGAUAUAGAAGAGACAGAACGAGUCAAAGAAGUCAAAGGAUGUCGAACGAGCAGAAGGACCAGAAGGAUUGGCAAAAGGAGGCCGGCAGGAGUGGCGGAUCUGCACCGGAACCGGAAACGGAUGUGGAUGUGGAUGUCAAGGUGGAGAUGGAAGUGAAGCAGGGGAAGAAGGAGAAGGAGAAGCAGGAGAAGGAGAAGAAGGAGCAGGAGAAGGAGGAACCAUCAGGAUCUUCUGCUGCAGCUGGACCUUCAGGUGGAACUUCUGGCGGAGGAGGAGCUUCCUCCAGCGGCGGAGCUUCUGGCGGUUCCGGAUCGGAAAAAGCUGCUCCGGCCAACCCAAGCCCCAACCCGAAUGUGAAUCCAAAUCCUAAUCCGAAUCCGAAUCCGAAUCCGGAACUGGAACGCGACAGGGACAGGGAUUCGCAUGGCGACAGAACCACUCAACGGGAUGAAUUUGGAACGCAGCGCGUUUACAAGAAGACUUCGCCGAAUUGUGUGCUAACUCUUUACUUGCCAACUCGAGAGAUCACGCUAACCGGGAAUAAUCCGUCCGUUCUGCGCGGAAUUGUCUACGUGGACCCAAAGGCCAUUCAGGGAUAUCGCGUAUACGCCCAGUUGACCCUGACAUUCCGUUAUGGCCGCGAAGAUGAGGAGGUGAUGGGUCUGCGUUUCUGCAACGAGGCCAUCAUGUCGCUGCAUCAGAUUUGGCCACGUUUGGAGGAGCCAACUCCAGAGUCGCUCAGUCCGUUGCAGGAGGCAUUGAUGAAGCGCCUGGGCGACGGAGCCCACCCCUUCACCCUCUCGCUCUCCUCCUACGCUCCUCCAAGUGUCCAACUCGUUCCUGCGAAGCGCUACUACGGAGCUCCGAUCGGAACCAGCUACGAUGUCCGCUGCUUCAUCGCUGACAAAACCGAUGAGAAGUUCCAUCGACGCGCCUCCGUGAAAAUGGGAGUUCGUGUGAUUUAUCGCACUGAUGUCUUCAAUCAUCAAUUGGGAGCGGAGCAAUUUGCCGCCUUCGCGGGUCGUCAUCACCAGUGCACCCACUCGCCGCCGGCCAGUGCCACGCCCCCUUCUUGUGGGGAGGCGGGGGAGCAGUCGGCAUCCGCCCACGCACACACACACUCACACUCACAGCCGGCCAGCGGAUCGAAGCACAAGUCGAAAUCGGAGCGCGGCGACUCCUUCCCGAAGCUCCGACUUUCGCCAAAGUCCUUCAGGUUCAGCGGAAGAUUCGGUCGCAGCAAGUCCGAGAUCGAGAAGUGUCCCAACGAUCCGUUCCACAACUACAGCAAGUCCUUCCAGGAGCACUGCGACAGCAUGUUGCCGCCGCACACAGGAGCCGGGGUCACCGGCGGCAUUGGGAGCGUGAGCGUGGGUCCUUGCGGCGGUCCGCAGGGGUCGGUGGACAAGCCGUUCCUGCUCCACGACGGACGGGUGAGUCUGAAGGCCAGCUUGGACAAGGGAUGGUACACCCACGGCGAGGACGUCAAUGUGACCGUGAACAUUCGCAACGACAGCCGCAAGACGGUCCGCAAAGUGCGGGUCUGCGCCAUCCAACACGUCGACGUCUGCAUGUUCAACAAUGGGAAGUUCAAGAACGUGGUCGCCGAUUCGGACACCUUGAUUCCAGCGGUAGAUCGCACGGUGGCCGCCGGAGCCACUCUGAACACCACGGUGGCUCUGCGACCGCAGCGCGGACCCACCAAGAACUGGAUCGCCUUGGAGGACACCUUGCAGAGGAGCACCGAACCGGAUGAGAUCACGGGUGCCAUUGCCGCCUCGGCCAUUCGCUCGCCGCACUUCGUGAUGCAGAAUGCCCAGCUUCUGGGUGGUGGUCAUCCACUGGCCAGUCCGGCUCCAAUCACCCCGCAUCCGCAUCUCUGGCAGCCGGGAGGUCAAGGUCAAGGUCAGGGUCAAGGUCAGUGCCAAGGUCACCAGUGCAAUGGAAACGGCGAGGAGCGCAAUGUGUUCGCCAUUUAUGUUUCCUAUUACGUCAAAGUGAAGCUCACACUGAGCGGAAUGGGUGGUGAGUUGUCCCUGAAGCUGCCCUUUGUCCUCGUUCACGUGGAUGAAACCCAGCGUCCGGGCUUCGCCUCCGCUACUUUGGGUGAACUGCGUCUCGAAAUGGAGCGACUGGCUCUGCAGGAUGCUCCAGUGGGCCGAAGGAAUGGCCGCCGGCAGGAGUCCACUGCCACCGAACUGGGAGAUGGACCCACCACCAGUGCUGCUGCAGCAGCAGCAGCCGCAGCCGCAGCAGCAGCCGGAACCCAAAACGCUGGCGGGGAUCUGGACAUGAUUGAGAGCCUGGACGAUGAGUUCAACAUUAGGGUGCCGGUGCCAUCGGCGGUGGCGAAGAGUGGAUCCCAAAAGAGGCGACUUCUCCGGAGUGAGACCCUAGCCAGGGACUUGGAGGAGCAGGAGGAGCGGGCGGCGCUGCCCGAGGAGGAGGAGCACAUCGUUCAGAUUCACCUGGAGCACGUCUCGCCCGACAGGGAGGAUCUGCAGCAGGGGGAAAGGGAAAGGGAGGGGGAGCAGGGGCAGCUGGGCCACGCCCCCGGCGCCGAGACAGGGGCGGUUCCCAAAUCAUCGAAUGUGUGAUUCUGAUUGUGGUCCCAGAUGUUCGCCAGACGCAGGAGAAAGCAUUAGUCGGCGCAAUCCCCUCUGGAUUAACUGAAUGGAUGGACUACUCCAUCAAUCGAAUUUUAUUAUACAUUAAUUAGUUAUCAAUAAUCAUGAAUUCAUUUUCAAUGCACACCAGCAUGAUUCAAUAUGCUUUCAUUUUAUUUUAAACAAAUACAGACGGUUUUCAUUAAAAUGUUUACUAUUUUAGAAAAAAGAAGAAAGGCUCUUGGUUAUGAUAAAUAAACCAAUAGUAAUGGUUGGUAAAAACAUCUGUUAAUUUUUUUGUUUUUUAAUGAGAAACAGGAUAGUAUGCUAUUUAAUUUGUUUAAAAUAAUCAUCUGCCAAAAAUAGUAACGUCCCAUAAACAAAGGUUUUCAAAUAAAUAUUUACUGUCCACAGAACAGAAUAGGUUUUGAUUUUCCAUAAAGACAAGGUUUUCUUUAGAUAAUUUGCUUAAAAAAAAACAAAUUUUUAAAGCGAUUAUUGUUUAGUAAACAUACAUUUGCUAACCAAGUAUGUUUAUUAACAAUAAAAUGUAUGUUAUUAGAUUUAAAAGUUUCUACAUUUUGUUAUAAUCUUCAGGAUUUAAAAUUAUAAUAUAAAAAGGAAAAAUCUAGAUGUAUUUUAUAAGAUUCAAAAACACUUGGAAAACAGUGUCUAAAUUUAAUUUAAAACCUAUAGACUUAAAUAAUGUUAUGCAAUUCCUGCCUAUUUUUAUGUGUUGCUAAAUUGAAUGAUUUGAAAUAGUUGGGUGAACAGUUGAGAUGCUAAUUAAAUGUAAGUCCGAAUAAUGGGUAACGAAAAAUGUUGUGAUUGGAAUCAGUAUUAUUAUUUCUAAAUUUCCGCAUCAUGGUCUGUCCACUUUUAAUUCCUUGUUUUUUGCCAAAAACUAGAAGUAACAGCCCUCGUAGUCAUAGACCUACUGUAAAAUUAGGCAUAAACCAUUCAGUUUCGGUUUCAAAAGUCAAAGGUAGGCAGUUAGGAGAUAGAGAGAUAGAAGUUAGAAGUUAGAGGAACCCCUGGAUGAGUGGGUAUUUGGAGAGAGCUUACAGUAUUUAGCUGAGAUGAAGGUUUCCGCGAUUGGACAGCAAAUAAAGGCAAACUGAGUACUUAGAUGAUGGCAUUCCAUAGGAAUUAGACAAUGAAUCGAGGUGAAAUUUUUGCAGAUCAAAUAAAAUCGAACGAAUGAAAGCGAUAAGGGAGCGAUAAAGCAUGAGACAGGCAUAAACUUAAUUCGUAAUAUUAAGACCUAUGAUUUGAUAUUAGCCAUGCAAUGCGUUGAAAUUGAGGAUUUUUGGGGGAUUGGCAGGGAAGUAUAGCUGAAAUCGGUAUCGACACUGUUGAAUCCACGUGGCUAGUGUGUCUACCAAAGAGCAAACCAACCCGAACAGUCACAUAUAUUAACAUAUAUUAGCUUAGAUCCUAAGUGGGUGUGGCUCGAGUUGAAUCGAUUCAAAUGCUCCGCAUUAAUUAACGACUAAGCAACAAUGCCAAUUGGAAAGCCCAUUUUAAUCGCACAGAUAUCACCACUAGGGUUACUCGACAGUGUAUUACCUAAAUAAUCGCAUAUUAACCCAAUAUUAAGUGUUUGAUGUGUAUUUACAAAAUCAAUCAGAAACUAUUACAGAGGCCAAAGAAGGCAUACACACUUAACCAAUUUUUGUGUGCGAAAAUCUCGACGCGGUUUCAAACUGAAGAGAAUGUAUGUACAAAAAAAAUAAAUAAAAUAAAGCAUACAACCUACAACUAACCAAAUCAACCGAACAGCCACACGAAAUAAAAUCAAAAAAGAGAAAAAUAACAAACACAUAUCUGUGAAUUUUCUGGCUUUUGUUGCCAACGUCAAUGGUUUUUUUUGUCGCAAUGGGUUAUUGUGUAGUGAGUCAACUCAAUGGUCAAAUUAGGUAAUUUAAGCAGAACGAAAGCGCAGAAAUAGUUCGCGUGAAGAAAGGUAGGAGCUGUCGUCCUUAAACAGAUGGCAAGCAUAAUUUUUGGAGGAGAAUAUUUAUUGGCAAAGUUCCGAACAGUAAUUAGUAAUUAGUAAUCCCUUCGAGGGAUCGACACUAUACUAUAGUUUUUUAAAGCGUAUUGAGCCGAAUCCUUAGAGAUAAGCCAGGAGUUUUGGAUGAAACGGAUAAAUAUCCUAUUUAGGAGUACGCAGUUUUUGAGACGCGCAACAUAACCACCAAGAAAAUAAACCUAAGAUGUCGCAGAUUUUAAAUGUUAGCUGUACGAAUGAAUACCCAUAUGAAUAUGAACACUAUAAUGAACGUGAAUACUGAAUACUGAAUACCGAUUACCGGAUACCGAAUACCAAUAUUAAUUUAUCUCUGUGUAUAAGUGUCUAGAGUUAAUGUGCAACAUUGAACACACUGAAUAAUGAUGAAUUUAUGAAUGUAACACAACUUAGGUUAUCUAACCUUUGGCUAUUUGGCUUUUGGCUAUUUGUGUGCAGAUCGAUAUGCUGAUCGAUCAACAUAUUCGAAUAUACAACCAUGGAUAUAUAAUAUAUAUAUACCAUAUAUAUUUAUGUGCGUGUUGCUUUGGCGAGCCAAGCUAAUACUUAAUUUAGAGAACGCUUCACUACCGCAUAGGCGAAUGAAAAAUAAACUUAAAUGUGAUGCAUUUCUAUGAAUACACUAAACAAUACAUAACCCUAUAUACAAUCAUAUAUGUAUACACUUUAUUGAUGGCUAUUUAGACGUAAGACCCGCAUUAUCUCCUUGUUUUACCAACCGGACAUUAUUCCCAGCCCAGAUUUGAAAAAAAAAGAAGAAAACAUUUCUUUAUGUUCCUCCGAAAAUCUUCUCCUUUCCGUUCUACUUUGUUGUUCUUUCCGCCUCCAGAAAUCCGGAUAGCAGAGCCAAUUGAUUGAUGAUGAAUCCUGGCCAGCAGUCAGUGGGUUGGUUCCGUGGGGGCUGGACUCUGGGGUCGAACUGAACCCCCCAGUAGAGCAACCCAAAAUUUAAUCCCGAAAAUA